UAAGAAUAAUCUUAUUAAAAGAUGUUGAGCAAAGCGAAUCAGAAACUCGUAUCUAAGACCAUCCCAAAGGUCGGUACCAGAACUAUGUGUACAUCAACUACUACUUCAGGAGGAAUGCCAGAAGAGCCAAGAUUUUUGGAAAUGGUCAAGAUGCACUUUGACAAGGCAGCUAAAUACACAAAUGUAUCAGACGGUUUAUUGAGUUUGAUUAAGGAAUGCAACUCUAUGGUCAGAUUCAACGUUCCUCUCAGAAGAGAUGACGGAACUUUGGAGAUCUUGUCGUGUUAUAGAGCCCAGCACUCUCAUCAUAGACUUCCAGUCAAGGGAGGUACAAGAUACGCUGAUAACAUCACUAUUUCUGAAGUUGAAGCUUUGGCUUCCUUAAUGACCUUCAAACUUGCUGCUGCCGAUGUGCCAUUCGGUGGAGCUAAAGGAGGAAUCAGAAUCAACCCAAGAAACUACUCCAAAGCUGAAUUAGAGAGAGUCACCAGAAGAUACACUCAUGAAUUGGCUAAGAAAGGAUUUAUUGGACCUUCCAUCGACGUCCUUGGACCAGAUAUGGGAACUGACCAACAAGUAAUGACUUGGAUGAAGGAUACCUACACUAGUAUUUAUGGAGACAAAGACAUCAAUGCCGAAGGAUGUGUUACUGGGAAGUUCAAGAGGCAUGGAGGUAUCGCUGGAAGACCUGAAUCCACUGGAUUAGGAGUCUAUUAUGGAGUCAGAGAGUUGCUUAAUAGAAAAGAUUUUUGUGAAAAAGCAGGGCUUGAAGCUGGAAUUGAUGGAAAAACCUUCAAUAUCCAAGGAUUUGGAGCAGUAGGAUCUUGGGCUGCUAGAUUCUUCACUCAUGACGGUGGUAAGAUCACCACUAUUGUCGAGUGGGACUGCGCUUUGCACAAAAAGGAUGGAUUUGAUGUUGAAGAUGUUAUCCAAUGGCAGAAAAAUGAAGGUACUCUCAAGAACUAUCCACACGCUGAUUCUAUUGAAGUUGAAGAUCCAGCUAAAUAUCUUGAGAAGGAAUGCGAUGUCUUGCUCCCAUGUGCUGUUGAGAAGUCAAUCCACAUGCAUAACGCUCCAAAAUUGAACUGUAAGGUAAUUGGAGAAGGUGCUAACGGCCCAACAACUGUUUGGGGAGAAGAAAUCUGCGAGAAGAAAGGAAUCAUCAAUAUUCCAGAUCUUAUCCUCAACGCUGGUGGUGUUACCGUAUCUUACUUCGAGUGGUUGAAGAAUCUUCAACACGUAAGUGGAGGUAAAUUGACAAGAAGAUGGGAAGCUACUUCCAAGAAAGACCUCUAUGAAUUCAUUAAGGGAGAGGAUCUAACAAAGGAACAAGAAGAGAAAUCUCACGUGCUUAGAGGAGCUAAAGAAAUUGAUCUUGUUUACUCGGGACUUGAAGAGAUUAUGAGCAAUGCUAUCCAUACUCACUUUGACAUCAGUUUAGAGAAGAACACUAACAUGAGAAUCGCUGGAUUCGCCAAUUCUAUCCAAAAAGUUGCUGAGUCAUACAAAGAAUCUGGUAUCCUGUUCUAAUAGAUUUUACACUAACAUCCUCAAAACUAUUUAUGAAUCAUCAA